GUCCUUUUUUUCCAAUUUUGCCUUGAACUUCACUAAUUGAAGAUUUUAGGCUCGGGAAAGCCCUAGGAUCCGAAAUUGGGGGUUUCUUCAAAUUGGCUUCAACUUUGCAAUUGAUGGUUCCUCUAUGGCUGGAUGGACUGGGGGAAGUGCCUGGUGGGGUUGCGCGACGUCAGAGGUGGCGGAGGUGGCCGAAAUUGAGGAAAACCCGCCGGAAACCGCUGGCCCGGGUCACGGCGGCGAUCUGGCGAUUUCGGUAACCAAAUCGGCUGAUUCCGGUAACCAAAUAGAUUCAGAUUUUGAGCCGUCAGGUUUGGAAGAAAGGACCAUACAGCUCAUCAAGGCAGGGGCAGUGGGGGCAGUGGGGCAGGGGGGUCACUUAUUUUUUCUGAAUCCACACCUGUUUUGAAUAUAUAAAAAAACACAGAAAGCAGAAUAGCCAUGUACUCAUAGUCAGGUCAGCCAUUUCUCUCUUUUAAAAAAAAUAAUAAUUCAGAACUGACCAAAGUGUGAGACCAGUCUUUGUCCUCAUUUCUCACCACAAAAGGUUAAAACUUAAAGCACAAACACCCCUCCCUAUGGGGUUUGUUUGUUUUAAUGGAAAACCCCAUCCCUAAGCAUAUAAAGGAUCCGUCUCCAAAUAACGUCUGAGGAAUAGCAUUUUCGAUUAACGUUAGCGUUUUACAUAAAAAGUUAACGGUAUA